UGUCUUUUGUUUUGUCCCUGGACCCUGUUCCCUCCUCUGGCUUAGGAGGGAGUGCGGACUAGUUGUGGAAGAAGCGGGCAAUUCAGAGCUCCGUUUUGGAGCCAUUGGAGGUCAUGUGGGGCGCGGGAUUGGCUUUAGGAAGCCAGGCUGUUCCGUGGGGGUCAUGGUUCUCUCUGCGCCGCUCAGGCCUUGAGUAACUGCUCGGGAAACUGCAGGAAUUACUCAAGGUGAUGAGGACGAUUGAUGACAGAAUAGUACAUGAAUUAAACACUACGGUUCCAACAGCUUCCUUUGCAGGGAAAAUUGAUGCCAGCCAAACCUGUAAACAGCUUUAUGACUCUUUGAUGGAAGCUCAUGCCAGUAGGGACAGAUUCAUAAAAAAUUGUAUAGCUCAGACUUCAUCAGUAGUAAAACAUCUACGAGAAGAGAGAGAAAAGAAUUUGGAUGAUUUAACGUUAUUAAAGCAACUUAGAAAAGAACAGACAAAGGAGUCCUCCACUGCCUUCGCGGCUCUCUUCGGUCAUGACACAGCUUCAGCCCUUAUUUCGUGCCUGCUUAUCCAUCAGGCAGUGUUGAAAUGGAUGCAGUCAGAACUGAAUGUUGAAGAAGUGGUAAACGACAGAAGCUGGAAGGUGUUUAAUGAACGCUGCCGAAUUCACUUCAAGCCUCCAAAGAAUGAAUGAGCAAAUAUUUUUAAAACGACCAGGUCAUCUCAUAAGAGCUAAGCAUGACAGACGUCAGCAAGGCAGGCUGCCUAGGAUGGUUUCUGAGCCAACAGUCCGAGACCUUUGUUGAUUUCAGCCCCACUUAGCCAAGACCUCACGUAUAAAUAAUUCUGAUAAUUAUGGAGAAAUUGACUGCUAUUUUAUACUGAUUCUGUAAAAAAAAGUUUUGUAACCAUUAAAAUAAUUUUCUGACUCA